AUGAAGAAAUUAUGUGGGGAGGCUAUCCUGUUGGCGGAUGAUGAUGUUAGGUGGAGAACUGCAUAUACCUGUGAGGCGUCAGCAGAGAGUUCAGCUGUAGGGGCUGUGGCUCAGCUGGACCCCAUAUUACUGGAGCUGAGGGAGGCUAUGAGGAGACAGGAUGAAAAAAUGGAGGCUCUAGCCAAAGAGGUAGCACAGCUUCAGUUCACAUACCCUUUAUUUUUCCUACUGCUGUUUGUUUAUGUUACCCUGCUUUUUUCUAACAUUGGAGUCCUUGUGCUUAUUGUCACUGAAAAGAGUUUGCACCAGCCCAUGUACAUUCUUUUUUGUAACUUGUCUGUCAAUGAUCUAAUAGGUAACACAGUUCUACUGCCACAGCUGAUGGCUCACAUCAUUUCAACAGAACGGUUAAUCACCUACAACCAGUGUGUGGUUCAAGCCUUUCACAGCCACACGUUCGGAUCCGCCUCACAUAUGAUUCUCAUGAUAGGUCUGACAAUGAGGCUGACCCGUUGUAGAUCGGUUAUCCAAAAUGCUUACUGUGACAACGCAUCACUGUUCAAGCUUUCUUGCGAGGAUGUGUCCAUCAACAAUAUCUAUGGACUCUUUUUCACGGUGUUGCUGUUUAGUUGCUCAAUGGGUGGCAUAGCUGUCACUUAUUUCAGAAUAGCUCUCAUCUGCUGGGUCAAGAAAAACAAAGAGUUGAAAAACAAAGCAAUUCAAACAUGUGCCAGCCACCUUGUUCUUUAUCUUAUUAUGCUCUGGUCGGGGUUUUUAACUAUCAUAUUGCAUCGUUUCCCAAAUUACCCAGAUUUAAGGAAAAUUGCACACAUUUUAUUUCAUGUGGUCCCUGCUAAUUUAAAUCCAAUCAUUUAUGGAAUGCAAACAAGAUUAUUACGUGAUAAAAUUAUCCAAAUAGUGCAAAGAAAAGUGGCUCCAACCUAA